UUCUUUUUUGUUGCAUGCCAGUUGUUACAGAGGCCGAUCUACUGGCGAUAGGCACGGCCUAGCGGUGAAUCAGUUCACUGUGGCUUUGUUUAAGUAGCGGGCUAAUCAGCCUGAAGCGAUAGGAUGGCCGUCCUCCACUCGUUUGUCCAGCUGUUGGUUCUGCUAUGCUUCUUCGGUCGUUCGACCGGAAUUCCAUUCGAACGCAACCCCCCGGCGCUGCCCCCAAGUCAAGACCCGUGGUACACUGCGCCAGAGGGCUUCGAGCAGACUGACCCGGGCACGGUGCUACGCAUACGCCCGGGGAAUGACAGCCUCCUGCCGGCUUUGGGAACGAACCUCUCAUCCGUGUGGACCGUUCUCUACCGAACCACGGACAGUUUCGACAAGCCGUCAUGGGCCGUGACCACCCUGCUCGUUCCCUCAAAGCCGCUGCUGGCAAACGGCACAAGGCUGCUAUCUUACCAGAUCCCAUACAAUACAAACAACGUCGAUUACAGUCCCAGCUACACAUUGGAGUCCCAGUUUGCGUCUGCAUUCAGCGAUCUCACACCAGCUCUCUCUCGGGGUUGGUAUGUCAAUAUCCCUGAUUUUGAAGGUCCCCGGGCUGCAUUUUCAGUCUCUGUCGAAGCAGCCCACGCGACGCUCGAUUCCAUUCGAGCAGUCAUCAAUGUUGAUCGCGGUCUGACGCAACAGACCCGCGUGGCUCUCUGGGGCUACUCAGGCGGAUCCAUGCCGAGUGAGUUCAGCGCAGAGAUUGCCCCAUACUACGCCCCAGAGAUAGACCUGGUGGGUGUUGCGAUCGGCGGGCUUGUAACGAAUGUGACGAACGCCCUCGACGUCGUUGAUGGAACCUUUUACGCUGGUCUCAACAUGCUGGCAAUUCUCGGAGUUUCAGCAAGAUAUCCGGAGGUCGAGGCGUACCUGGACACGACACUCAAGUCUGACGGGCCUUACAAUAAGACGUCCUUCCUCUCUGCGGGUAAAAUGGCAACAUUUGAAGCCUUUUCAUUCUUCGCGAACCAAUCAGUCUCCGACUACUUUUCCAACGGGGAGGCCUAUCUCGACGCUCCACAGCUCCGGCCUGCUAGAGAACGGAACUGGCAGAUGGGGGCCUACUUCACCCCGCGAGCGCCGUUGUACGUCUACAAGGCUAUACAGGAUGAGCUGAGCCCUGUUGGCGACACGGAUGUCCUUGUUGACAACUAUUGUACGGAUGGAGCGAAUAUCCUGUACGAGCGUAACACUGUGGGCAGUCACCAGGACGAAUAUGUUUAUGGGAGUGCCUCUGCUUACGCCUGGCUGGUCAGUGUGCUGGAAGGGAGGUACGCAAAAGUGUAUAAUCCGGUCGGGUGUACGAUUCGAGAUGUUACUGUCAGUGUUCCUUUGUAGUGGGAUAAUGAUAUAGGUUAAGAGAUAUAUUCAAUACGAAUUCCUGUCCGUCAUGGGCACGAACGGAGGCUAGGAAAAUCAGACAAUUCUAAAGC